AUGAUUGGAAAUAUCGCAUAUAUCUUAUUCACAUUAACAGUCGUAUCAGCAAAUCUAUUUGACUUUAUACAGAAUCAAUUUCAGGGGAACAAUCAACAAGCUCAAAGGCAGACUCCUGGUGAAUACGAAAAUGCAAAUCUAAACUCGGGAUGUUCGAAGUACUUAUGUCCUGAUACAUCCAUAUGUGUGGAUGAACCCAAGUUCUGUCCUUGUCCUUAUCCAUCGUCGCAAUUAAGAUGCUUUUUACCUAAUGGAAGAUACGUCUGUAUUUCGAAACCCGCAGGCGAAGUGUCCUUAAAUUACGCAGAUCCAAAGACAAACUGGAAGAUAGACGCCAAAGAUGAUAACAUAAGGGAUUGUGGCUGGGUCGGAAGGGCAUGGAAAGGCUUGGUCUGA